AUGGCUUCUUCGGCCCGCUGGAGUCUCGGCACGGCGGCGGCGGUGGACGCCCCCUGGCCUCCCGAGAUUGAGGAGAGGUACGAGCGCCUGCAGAAGCUCGGCGAGGGCAUCUUCGGCCGUGUCUACAAGGCCCGUGACCGCGCGAACAACCGGAUCGUCGCUGUCAAGCAGCUCAGCGGCCGUAGCGACGGCACCUUCGUCCAGACGGGCUUCCUCGAGCUCGCGAGGGAGGUGACGAGCCUCCACAGGUGCCGCAGCCACCCUUCGAUCGUCAGGUUCCGGAACGUCCAUGCCGAGAAGCGCGCCGCCGUCGGCGACGGCAGCGACGACGACGGCGACAGCUUCAUCGUCAUGGAGUACGCCGGACGGAUGAACCUUCGCGUGUACAUGGUGUCCCGGGGCAUCCACGGCAUGCCGUUCAGCGAGGCGGAGGUGCGGGGGAUCAUGCGGCAGCUCCUCGCCGCCGUCGAGGCGUCGCACCACGCGGGCAUCCUGCACCGGGACAUCAAGCCCGAGAACGUGGUGGUCGACGACGCCACGCCGAUGGCGGCGGGAGGCGGACGCGAGUGCUCGCCACUGGCGACGUCGGACGCCUACCGCGCGCCGGAGCUCUUCCUGGGCUCUGCGGACUACGACGGGCGCGUCGACACGUGGGGGAUCGGCUGCAUCAUGGCGGAGCUCCUCGCUGGCACCGGCGCCGCCUUCUUCGAGGGCAAGACCGCAGAGGACGUCUUCGCCAACAUGCUGGGAGUUGUCGGCGCGCGGGGCAUCAAGGACUGGCUGGGGCCGCGCCAGCCGGGGAGUGGCCGCCGCUCGGCCGCCGAGGAGCGGGCGCGGGGAUGCCCGGAGACAGGCCGUCUUCGGAAGGUGUUCCCGGAGAAGGUUCUGUCCCAGGCCGGGUUCGAGGUCCUGAGCGGGCUACUGGAGAGCAGCCCUAAGAUUCGGCUCACGGCGGCGGAAGCCCUGCAGAAACCCUGGUUCAACGACCAACGCACGGACGACGAAGGCCCUCGCGAGAGCCCUCGCCGUCGUGGUUUGUUGGGUGUUUGCUUCAUGUCGUGCGCAACCGACGAUUAG